GUAACGCAAUAGACCUUUUAGCCAAGAUGGAACACUUCUCAAAACAGGUUGAUUGUUGUUUCUAGCAAGGCCUGCCCCAGAAUACUCAGGGCCGUAGCAGCGCCUUCAUCAUCUGUCAUGGUAUGUCACAAACAGAAUGUAGGCUACGCCAAGUAAAGAUGGUAUUCUUCAGGCGCUGAUACACCUGCUGAUCCCUGUCGUUUUCUGUUACGACUCCUCGGACAUGCCUCAUGCUGUCUUCCGAUGUUAUAAGUAGAUGAAAUUAUCACUUGCGUAUUGAUCAUGAUGAGUACUUAUAUAUUGGCCGGGAAGGAUUUGGGCUCUCUGUUGUUUCCACCUUUCGUCGCCAUAUGAACUGGCAUGGAUAUGCUAUUAGUCCAAAUCAGCCUUCGUCGUCGUCCUCUAGACCAGUCAAUUCAUCUCAUCCAAUAAGGCCAGACCUCAACCGAAAAGAAAAAUGAUCGUCGCAAGAGCUCAACCCGUGCUCAUCACCAGCGUGCUCUUCACAAGUCUGGCAUUUGUGACAGUCUGCAUGCGCCUCUACGCCCGAGUGGUUCUUGUUCGGUAUGCAGGUGCCGAUGACUAUCUGAUGAUAGCAUCUGCGUGCGCAUCCAUCGGCUACAUGGUGGUUAUUAUACAUCAGAUCAAAUUCGGCCUCGGUACUCACCUCGAAACCAUUCCCCCAGAGAACGCCAUUCGAUUCUUCCAAUCCCUGUGGGCCACGAUUCCGGUUUACAAUCUGGCGCUCGUUCUGUGCAAGCUUUCCAUCGUCUUUCAAUAUAAGCGCGUAUUUGCCAUUACAAGUAUCCAAAAGCUUUGCAGCAUCACCAUCGGCGUCCUGGCGGUCUAUGGAUGCUGGACGGUUCUCGGCUCUACCUUCAUGUGUAUCCCCGUCAAGUUCUUCUGGGGUGAGGGAGAAGGCACCUGCAUGAAUCGAUUGGCCUUCUGGUUCUCCAAUGCUGCCUUGAACAUUGCGAGCGACCUAUUCAUAUUUGGGAUUCCACUUCCGCUUCUUCAAAAACUUCAGAUACCCAAAACGCAGAAGAUCAUAUUGAUGGUGAUUUUCGCUUUCGGUCUAUUCGUAUGCAUUACAUCCAUCGUGAGGCUGCGGUCUCUUCUGGAUAUUUCCGUUUCCCCUGACUCCUCUUUUGAUGGAGUCAAUAUUGCUAUCUGGAGCGGCGUGGAAAUCAACGUCGCCAUUAUCUGCUCCUCAGUACCUGCGCUCAAUCCCCUCAUCAAAGCAGCCUUUCCCAGGCUCCUUGGGUCCAAUGGGUCGACAGUUAAACAUACCGGAAGGUCUCACACUGGGUACUUGAAGCAUGAGAGCGAUCACCCAAUGCAGAGCAUGGCAUCGCAGACCAAGCCGACUGGAAUUAGGAUUGACCAGACCUAUGAGGUCCAUGUUGGCCAGGCAUGAGGUCAAUAUUGCAAGUUUGAAUAUAUUAUUUUAUUCAUCUUCGUGAACCAUUUCGCGACAGGUGCGCCAAUAUAAUUCAGUUCUCGCAUAGCCUGGUCGUCGACGAGAAUCUGCAUGUCCAUUGUUACUGGCGUGACCUGGUCGAGGAAAUGGAGUUCGCCUGGCUCUGUGAUGCGAGUGCAUAUGGGGUGUGAAUUGUUGUAUUGGGAAAGGAUGGCCAGGUCAGCUAUUCUGGCCUGGCAGAGCUCUU